CAGUACCACCAUCCAUUCUGUUGUUACACAUUGGAGAUGAUAGAUACAUAUUGAGCUGUUUUGACGAGUCAUAAUAUCACAGUGAUAACCGGAACUGACGGCACUCGAGGUGAACAACAUUUGCAGCUGUUAUUUUUGAGGUUGUGUCCCCAAAAAAGAGCAGAGUUUACUGCAGGCAGGAGCAGCUAGCUAACGUUAGUCAGGUCGGACGGACGGCGGCGAGGCCCCAACCGGACGGGAACGGGGGAAACCAUGGCCAACAUCGCAGUUCAGAGGAUAAAACGGGAAUUCAAGGAGGUGCUCAAAAGUGAAGAGACGAGCAAAAACCAGAUAAAAGUGGAUCUGGUGGAUGAGAACUUCACAGAACUUAGAGGGGAGAUAGCAGGGCCACCUGACACACCGUACGAAGGGGGUAGAUAUCAACUAGAAAUUAAAAUUCCAGAGACAUAUCCUUUCAAUCCACCCAAGGUGCGGUUUAUCACAAAGAUCUGGCAUCCCAACAUCAGCUCAGUCACAGGUGCAAUAUGUCUGGACAUUCUCAAAGACCAGUGGGCAGCAGCUAUGACACUGAGGACGGUCCUCUUGUCAUUACAAGCCUUAUUGGCAGCUGCAGAACCAGAUGACCCACAGGACGCAGUGGUAGCCAAUCAGUACAAGCAGAACCCAGAGAUGUUCAAACAGACAGCGAGGCUCUGGUCUCAUGUCUAUGCAGGCGCUCCCGUUUCCAGUCCGGAGUACACACGCAAAAUAGACAAACUGUGUGCCAUGGGCUUUGAAAAAAAUGCAGUAAUAGUGGCAUUGUCGUCAAAAUCCUGGGACGUGGAGACAGCGACAGAGCUACUGCUCAGUAACUGAAUCUUGACACUCUUCAUCUUCCUCUUGAGCCCCAUCUCCCCUCCUCACACAUACACACCCUGCUCCAGAUUCCUGCUGUCUCAAGGCGUCUCUCCCCCUAUCGCACCCUCUGUUUUACAGUGGACUCCUCACCUCCACACUCACUCUUCCUCCACCCUCCCUCGUCUCUCCUCUGUGUGACACCUUUCUCCCCCGUCCCCCCUCCCCGCUCAUCACCUCUGCUGUACCACACUCCAAUCAGUUGCUCCGUGAGCUCCUAUCAAUGGUUUCUUUAAGAUCAUUCAACAUUCCACUCAGCACUACAAUCAGAAGUCCAACCACAUCACACCACCAUAUCUUGAAGCCAAUGCCAGACUUAAGACCCCCACCCACGCUCGCCAGUCUCCCAGCUUUCUCUGGCUGUGUCCAAGAAGCGGUUGUCUGCGGCUAAUCCUUGCCUAUGCAGUGCAUAUACUUUCAUAUGUGGAAACCUUUUGUAGGAGAGAGUCAAGCCAUUCAAGGAGACUCUUUUGGACCUGGUCAUGAUUUUUACACACUUCAGGCCUGUUUCCCACACUGGGAAUAAGCCCAGUCCUUGAUUUAUCACAUUUUUAAAUGCGUAUCACUACUGAAAUUUUCUCUUGCAGCAUCCAAAAUGAAAACCGUCUCUCAUUCUCUAAUCCUUGUAUAAUAAACUAUCAGUAUAAUGACUUGAACUAGAAAUUUCAGACCUCCUAUGAAUCAUUAUCUUGUGCCAUCACUGGAAUAAUUUGAGGCGCUAUAAGGUGUUCAUUCAUUUUACACUUUGAAUUUGGAAAUUCAAAUAAAACUGUGGUAAACGCCACCAGGCAGUGUUAUUCAGACGCAGAAAAGGACCAGGCUUAUUCCCUGUUCUUGAGACAGUGUUCACACAGAAAUCAUACUCGCAUUCAUGUCACAGUUUCCCCCCUUCAACUGUCUGACAAACCCAAAACUCCUGCAGCAAACCCCCAAAAUCCCACCCCCACACCUGUUCGUGACACAGCGUGCUUCGCCUGUCACUUUCACCACAUUUUAAAGAACAUUUUAUUUGGUUUUUGGCCUCCUACAGGAAUACAUUUGGAUUCUUGUUUUUAAACAGAGAAAACAAACAAAACAAAAAACAGCAGUAACACAACCUCUCACAAGUCUGGAAGGAAAUAGAACAAAACGAGUGAAAAAUAUUGCAUUAUCUAAACAACGCCAACAGAUAAAUAUGUCAAAAUGAUUCAUCUGUAAAUAAAGAUAUUAAAGUCUG